CCCCCCCUUUUGUGUGUGUGGCUACCCGAAUAAAUUAGCGGUCGGUAAACGAGGGGAGGAUGUGGCGGAGGAGGGGACGGAGAGGAGUGUAGGGGGCUGGGCCUGGUGACGGGGGAGUCGGCUUUCAGAGGUGCACAGCUCCUUGAAGCGGCUUUGAGGGACUGGAUGCUGAGAGAAGGAGAGAAGGGUGAAAUAAAAACCUUUAAGAUAGGCGGUAAGAUUCCGGUUUGAGCUGCGCAAGAGGAUCUCUUUUUUUCAUAUUUUGCUGCAGAGCAAGAAGAGACAGAGCUUACCAGCUGAUCCAAGCGUGCUCACCUGAUAGAGAAAGAGGCUUCACUGGUGGAGUAACCUAACCUACUGCACUGUUUGACCGGAUUAGACAGUCAGUGGAAUUGGCACACUUGUUUUUUUUUUUUUUUGUGAGUGUUAUAAAAACAAGCAUUAAAGAGCUUUCUCCAUUCAAGAUUUUGUCCUGGCAGAUUGGCUUUCGUCUAGAGGGGAGAUUGGAAACCCGUUUGCAUACUAAUCAGGUUAUAACCAGAGCUCACAUCCAGAGCCAGACUGAGUCCCAUGAAUGUAUAACAGAAGCCAGCCAUGCCAAUAACAAGUAAAGGGUCCAGAUGUAGGACUUUGGUCGGCAGACCCUGUCUGCUUUCAAGCAUCUGCCAACAGAAGCUCCUUUUUUAUAUUUUCUUCGUCCUGGUUCAGUCAGCAGUUGUUUAUGGAGCACUAGAACUCCAGCUGGAUGAAGGCCAGCCAGCGGGGACCAUCGUUGGUGACAUCAGCGCCGGGUUACCGCCAGGCGAAACUGCGACUCUUUACUUCAUCUCAGACCACGAGGGCACGGGCGUCGGCAGUGACCUCCACAUUGAUGAGACCACUGGCAUCAUUACUACUGCACGCCGCCUGGACCGGGAAGAGAGAGACCACUACAGCUUCAUUGCAGUGACAAUGACUGGCACCACUAUUCAGGUGUCAAUCACCGUUAAUGAUGUAAAUGAUCAUGCACCUGUGUUCCCCAAAAAGAAAACUGUUCUGAAGAUCCCUGAGCACACGGCAGUGGGGACGAGGUUUUCCCUGGAUCCCGCAACUGAUGCUGACAAGGAUCAGCUGACUACUCAAGGCUAUACAAUUCGAGAGGGCAAUGUUGGCCAGACAUUUAGACUUGAAACCAAGAGGGGUGCUAACAAGAUUCUUUAUCUAGACUUGGUGGUCAACGGGCUACUGGACAGAGAGAAGCGCUCAUCAUACACCCUGGUGAUAGAGGCCUUUGAUGGAGGCUCGCCAAGAAGGAUAGGAUCUAUGGCUGUAGAAAUAACAGUGACAGACAUCAAUGACCAUGCACCGGUCUUCAAUCAGAGCAGAUACCAUACAAUCAUCUCUGAAAGUCUCCCACAAGGGAGUAGCAUUUUACAGGUGUUUGCAACGGAUGAUGAUGAAGGUGAUAAUGGUCUGGUCCUUUAUGAAAUCAACCGCCGCCAGAGCGAUCCUGACCGAUACUUCGUCAUUGAUCUAAAGUCAGGUGUCAUCACUCUCAAUAAACCACUGGACUUUGAGCUGAAGAGAGUCCAUGAGCUGGUGGUGCAGGCCAAAGAUAAUGCUAGCCAGCCUGAGGUAACCAAUACAUUUGUGACAAUUCAUGUCCGUGACUUCAAUGACAACCAACCUACCAUGACCAUCAUCUUCCUCAGUGAGGACGGCUCUCCGAGAAUCUCAGAAGGAGCCCAAACAGGCCAGUAUGUAGCUCGGAUUUCUGUCACUGACCCAGACUAUGGAGAGUAUGCUAACGUCAACGUCUCCUUGGAGGGGGGUGAUGGGAAAUUUGCUCUUACAACCAAAGACAGCAUAAUUUACCUGAUAUACGUGGACCAGCUCUUGGACAGGGAGGAGCGGGAUUCCUAUGAUCUUAGGGUGAUGGCCACAGACUCAGGUACACCUCCUCUCAGAGCAGAGUCCUCUUUCACCAUCCAGGUGACAGAUGUCAAUGACAACCCUCCUCUAUUUGACCAGCAGGCCUACAGACAAACCAUUCCUGAGGUGGUCUAUCCAGGAUCCUUUGUUCUUCAGGUAACGGCCAGGGACAAGGACCAAGGCCCCAAUGGGGAUGUGCGGUACAGCCUGCUCAAGGGUAAAAACUCUCGCUCUGAUUGGUUUUCAAUCGAUCCAAUUACGGGGAUAAUCACCACGGCGACAGCUCUUGACUUUGAAUCAGAGCCAGCUCCCAGUGUAACUGUUGUUGCAAUGGAUGGUGGUCGGCCGCCUCUGUCUUCCACAGUGAAGGUAGAUAUUGUGCUACAGGAUGUUAAUGAUAACACGCCAGUGUUUUCCAAGAGUUUCUACAAUGCUUCGAUCAAAGAGAACACACCAGCUGGGACCUGCUUCUUAGAGGUGUCAGCCACAGACGGGGACCGAGGUUCUUUUGGGACCAUCACCUACACCUUGGGUUUAAGUUCUGGAGGCACACUUCCCUUUAUCAUUACCAAGGAGACGGGCCAGCUAUGUACCAGCACAGUUCUCGAUAGAGAUGAGGGAUUGGACAAGUUUGAACUAACUGUGACAGCAACAGAUGGAGGUGGUCUGAGCUCUGUAUCCCGCGUGAGGGUCACAGUGGUGGACAUCAAUGACAACCGGCCCACCUUCUAUCCAGUCUUGUACAUGGUCAGUCUCAGUACCCACAGUGCCCCAGGAACGUCCGUGGUGAAGGUAACAGCCAAUGACCCUGAUGCUGGAGAAAAUGGCAGGGUGACCUACCGCACUCUACCUGAAGGGGGCUCUAAUUUCUUUACUCUCAACAAAGACACAGGAGUGAUUUCUCUGUCCCGUUCCCUCCACGGCAAAACCAACACAGUUAUUUCUAUGGUGAUAUCAGCAGAGGACGGCGGUGGUCUGACAGCACCGGUAAACGCCAGAGUGAACGUGAGCGUGGUUGCAGGCUCCAUGGCGUCUCCCGUUUUUGAACAGGGGCAGUAUUUUUUCACUGUUUCUGAAGAUGUUCUCAGGGGUACAGCUGUGGGAGUGGUCCGCGCAGGGACAAAAUCAGGUGUCUCCAAAGGCAUCUUGUACUCCAUCUCUUCUGGAGACCCUGAUGGCUACUUCACAGUGGACAGCACCUCUGGGACCAUUCGUACAGCUCUACCUCUUGACCAUGAAACCUGCAUCAGUCUUGACCUGGAGAUUCAGGCACGCUCCGGUUCUCCUCCGGCCUACGCAACAAGUCAUGUUCGCAUAACUAUUUCAGAUGUCAACGACAAUGCCCCCACCUUCCUCCCCUCCUCAUCUGAGUCCCUGCUUUUGCCUGAAAUAACCAAAAUGGGAACCGUUAUCUACCCUAUUCAGGCCACAGACAAAGACUCUGGUCACAACAGUCAGCUCAGUUUCGACCUCAUCUCUGCUGGGGCUGCAGGCAGCAGUGGCCAAAGAACGUUUGGUGUUGACCGUGGCAGCGGGGAGGUACGAUUGAUUGGAAGUCUCUCGUACGAGAGUGUUCCACGCUAUGAUCUUCAGGUGGUAGCUAAGGACGGUGGAGCACCUCAGCUCAGUUCCACCUUCACUCUUGUGGUCCAUAUCCAAGCACAGAAUGCACAAGGCCCCACCUUUGACACCCUCACCUACAGAGUGGAGCUACGGGAGAACACCCCUCUCAACACACGUUUCCUACAGAUUCGAGCGCUCAACAGAGAGGCUUCAGGAAAUACUAGAAGCUCUCCAGCUUCAUCCUCCUCUGUUUCUUACCGCCUGAGGCCCGAUGGUGAUGCAGCUGGAUUUGGCAUCAUGCCAGACACUGGAUGGCUGUUUGUUCGGAGCUCUCUGGACAGAGAGGUCAAAGAUAUGUAUCUGUUGACUGUCCUCGCCACGUCAGGCCCAGGUGGAGGGGGGAGGACCGGCAGCGCCACUGUCAGGGUGACUGUAACUGACGAGAACGACAAUUCUCCAAGGCUGAGUCAGGAGAGGGUGUUCCUGGCUGUCCGAGAGAACUUAUUGGCAGGGACCGGCUUUGGGAGAGUGUCUGCGACAGACAGAGAUGCAGGACUAAAUGCACGACUCACAUAUAGACUGCUCCACUCAGACAGACACUUUCAGAUCAACUCACAAACAGGGGAGAUCAGCACUCGCCUUGCCCUGGACAGAGAGCAGCAGUCAAGCUAUCAGCUUGUUGUGGUAGUGCAGGAUGGAGGUACCCCUCCUCGCAGUGCCACAGGCACCGCUCACAUCACCGUGCUGGAUGAUAAUGACAAUGCCCCCAAUUUCACUCACGCCAGACCUGAACGGGAGCUGUUGCUUCAGGUGGCAGAGGGGCUUCCAUCAGGGACUGUGGUAGGGACUCUGUCAGCUAAAGACCCCGACGAGGGGGAGAAUGGUACCCUGCACUACUCUUUAUCAGGUCCCAGAGCAGAGCGUUUCUACUUGAACCCCACCAGUGGCGAGCUGAGAACUGCUUCCCCUCUGCAAUCGACGGAGCGAGCCGAGUACGGAUUUACCGUGACCGCUGCUGACCACGGCACUCCAGGCCUCAGUUCAACCUGCCAAGUGCAAAUACAGGUUCUCAGCAACUCCAGAUCAUCCACAACGCCCAAUAUCCUUUCUAUGACCCUUAACACAGUUGAAGGGGCAGCUCCUGGCUCCAUUAUCGGUUCUGUACGUCCACCUGACCACCAGGAUUCUACUGUGCAGGAAGGCCAGGUGACCUACCUGGUAGUGGGAGGGACUGACCAGGAUGGAACUUUCAUGGUGGACCGUCUGGAGGGUGAUGUGUACCUGGUGCGCGAACUGGACUAUGAAAAGGGGUCAAGAUACAUGCUGCACAUAGAGGUGUCGGAUUUCUCUAAGGCAUUUCCAAGCAGCCAUCUGAUCAAGCUGGACAUCAACGUGCAGGAUAGUAAUGACCAUGCCCCGGAGUUUUCAGAAGACCCGGUGACAAUUGUGAUCCCAGAAAAUAUAGAGCCGGGAGCUUCUAUAUACACAUUCCAAGCUGUGGAUAGGGAUGGCAGUGGGCCCAACAGUGAGCUGCAUUACUCCAUUGAGCAUCACUGGCCUGACACAUCUGACCUCCUGCUCCUUGACUCCGUAACUGGUGUCCUUACCUUGGGGCAGAAGUUAGACCACGAGUCUACGCCCUCCCUCUACCUUGUGGUGCGAGCCACAGACCAUGCAUUGAAUCCCUCUCAGAGGCGCUGGAGCUCAGUCACCGCUCGGCUGUUUGUGACGGAUGAAAAUGACAAUGCUCCGACAUUUAGCUCUCCGUCUGCAGUCAGUGUCAUGGAGGAUCAACCUGUGGGGUUUGUGAUUUUGUACGUGGUGGCACGCGAUAAAGAUGAGGGAGAAAAUGGCAGAGUAUCCUACAGAAUUCGAGCAGGCAACAAUGCUGGUCGUUUCACUCUCAAUCCUAACACAGGCUCUCUCUCCAUUCUUAAAGCCCUGGACCGGGAAGAACAGGAGGUCUUUAAUCUAACAAUUGUAGCAGAGGAUCAUGGAACACCUCAGCUCUCCACCUCCCAGGUGUUGUGUGUGCAGGUGAUCGACGUGAAUGAUGAAGCUCCGGUGUUUCAGCAGGCAAAGUUUGAGGCCCAAGUGAUGGAAAAUCGAAGACCAGGAACCACAGUGUUCACUAUAACAGCCACGGAUCGAGAUCAAGGUUCUAAUGGUCACAUAACAUAUGGAGGUGUGACAGAGGAGAGUUUUGUCAUCAAUCCUUCAACAGGUGUCAUAACCACUACAAAGGAACUUGACACAGAAGUUCAGCAUCAUUACACACUCACUGUGUAUGCCCGGGAUGGAGGGCUGCCUCCUAAUUUUGCCAAGGCUGUGGUCCAUGUGGAGGUCCAGGAUGUGAACGACAAUGUUCCUGUCUUUGCAAAGUCGUCAUAUGAACUUGAGGUGCCAGAAAACCAGGCACCAGUAGAGCUGUGCUUUAUCAAGGCCACGGAUCCAGACUUGGGUCCUGGUGGACAGCUGGAGUACAGAAUUGCUGUGGGGGAUCCUGAAGGAGCUUUCAAACUCCACUCCAGCACAGGAGCUCUGUCCACCUCACGUGGACUUGACAGAGAGACAAAAGCUGAAUAUAACUUGAAGGUGGUGGCCAUGGACCGAGGAAGCCCCACUCUCAGCGCUACUGUCACAGUUAAAGUCAAAGUGUUAGACAUCAAUGACAACAGCCCUGUGUUUAAAAAAAACAGCUACACCGUGGAGGUCUCAGAGGAUGCUGCAGAGAGUUUUCAAGUUCUUCAGGUGUCAGCAACAGAUACUGAUGACGACCUUAAUGGGAAGGUUCUGUAUUUUCUGAGCAAGGAGGCACACGGAGCAUUUGCUGUCGAUGAAGAAACUGGUCUUAUCACCACGUCGGCACCUCUGGAUCGGGAAAAAAUUGCGUCAUACAACUUCCAGGUGUUUGCGGCUGACCUGUCUCCUGCUGCACCCAGGAACUCCUCUGCUCAGGUGACAGUCACCAUCCUUGAUGUCAACGACAACCCUCCCUUCUUCAUUCAAGACCCGUUGAUCAUCGAGGUGUCCAGCAGGCGUUCGCAGCGUGUUUUAGCCACCAUGAAGGCUGAGGAUAAGGACUUUGGUGCCAACGGUUCUGUGUUUUAUCGCUUUGCCACAUCUGUGAAGGGCUUCAGCAUUAACUCACUCACCGGGGAGAUCCAGGCCACCGAACCACUAAGAGACCUGACCCAGGCUCAGAGGACCCUGAUAGUUGAGGCUAUGGAUCAAGGCAGCCCAGCUCAGUCCGCACAAGGAGUGGUGGUGAUUUAUGUAAAGGAAGUAGAGUACAAUGGCAUUCGAUUCUCAAGGAAUGCUCGAGAUGUCAUCAUACAGGAAAAUGCUGUGAAAGGCACAGCAGUGGCUCAGGCUCAGGCUGAGUAUCCAGACGGUACUCAGAAAGGGAUCAGCUAUAGUCUCUUUAGUGGAAACAAAAAGCAGGUUUUCAGUAUCAGUUCCUCAACAGGUGAAAUCUGGGUGCAGAGCUCCCAGGGACUAGACUUUGAGGACACUCCCCGACUUCGUCUUGUCGUGAAAGCUGAAACUGUGUCCUCCAUGUCAUUCAUGGCUGUUAAUUUGGUCCUUCAGGAUGUCAAUGAUAACCUUCCUCGCUUUCAGCUUCAGAACUAUGUCACCUACAUGAAAGAAGCACAAGGAUAUGAAAUGCCAAUUAUACAGGUGGUGGCUGAGGAUGUGGAUCAAGGCCAAAAUGGUCAGGUGACGUACUCCAUCCAGUCCUCCAGCUUGAGCGGCCUGUUCAAGAUCGACCCGAUGACAGGAAGCAUCACUACAGCUGCUAUCAUGGACCGGGAGAUCUUUACAAAGACCAAGCUGGUAGUUACUGCAACAGACAGAGGAAGUCCACGAUUGUCCGGUUUAGCCACGCUGACGGUGAUAAUUGUUGAUCAAAAUGACAACAGUCCUACUAUUCCCUUACCCCAGGAGGUUCGCAUCCCAGAAAAUACAUUAAUCGGCACAGAGAUCUCUCUUGUGACGGGCAACGAUGUGGACUCCAGUCCUGCCCUCUCCUACUCCUUGCAGCUUGACCCAACAGCCUUAGGCAAGUUUGGGAUUCACCGUUACAGUGGUGGUGUGUCACUCACUGGUCCUCUGGACUUUGAAGAGAAGACAUGGUACACUCUGACUGUCAGAGCCACGGACAGCCAGCAACAAACUGAGGCCAACAUUACGAUAGUGGUGGAGGACAUUAACGACAAUGCACCUGCAUUCACCCAUGACCUCUAUCAGAUUACCCUGCCUGAGCACACACCACCUGGAAGUGCAGUUAUCACAGUCACAGCAACUGACAGGGACUCUGGAGAUAAUGGAAAGAUUACCUACAGAGUGAUGUCAUCCACUCAGGAGGGGUUCUAUAUUAACCCCAGCAAUGGAACUUUGUUUAUCAACCACCGAGCAGAGUUUGACCCUGAACGCCCAGCAGUCAACAUCAUCAUAGAAGCUCGUGAUGGAGGCUCACCCCCACUCUCCUCUCUUACUACAGUCCAGGUUCAGAUCUCUGACGUCAACGACAACGCUCCAGUGUUUCACCAGUCAGAGUACAGGGCUACUGUUUCUGAAGACACUAUCCCAGGGUCAACAGUUCUGACCUUUGAGGCCUUUGACAGUGAUCUGUCACGAGAAAACUGUGGCUUUGACUUUGCCAUGGCCAGUGGAAAUGAAGGAAAUGCAUUUCAGAUUGAGAGCAGUGUGCGUUUCUUGGAAGGACGGGGCUUUCAGACAGUAGGAACUCUGCUAUUGGCUGAGAGACUUGACUUUGAAUCCAAGCCACUUUAUAACCUCACCGUCGUAGUGUCAGACCGAGGUGUCCCCCAAAGGAGCUCCAGUGUUGCUGCAGUGAUAACCAUCGCUGAUGUGAAUGAUAACCCUCCGGUGUUCACUAGAGCAGAGUAUACUGUGUCACUCAAUGAGGGAGCUGCCUCUGGGGCUGAGAUUAUGCGAUUGACUGCAACAGACCCCGACUCAACCCCAUAUGCUGAAGUCCAAUAUACCAUCAGCUCUGGAGAUGAGGUGAACUUAUUUUCCAUUGAUCAGUGGACUGGAGCCUUGAGGCUUGAGCAAACACUUGACCGGGAACACCAAUCCAUACACACUGUCAUUAUUCAAGCCACAGAUGGUCAUGGUCAUUUUGCACUAGCUCCAGUCAUUAUUGAAGUAAAGGAUGUAAAUGACAACCAUCCGUUCUUCCCUGUGGAGGUCCUGACAGCCAGUAUCCGGGAAAACCAGCCGGCAAACUCAGCUGUGACUGUUCUGCAUGCCAUAGACCAUGACACAGGGGUUUUUGGCCAACUGAAGUACUACAUGGUGGAGAGGUCAGGAAAAGGAAAAGACAGCUUUGUCGUGGACCAAAGUUCAGGAGAAAUCAGAAGUAAAAUUACAUUUGACUAUGAAAAGGUCAACUCCUUUAACUUUGAAGCGUUGGCUGUGGAUUCAGGCAACCAUUCAGCCACAGUAACUGUACAGGUGUUUGUCACUGGUGAGGAUGAGUAUAACCCACUGUUCACUUCCACUGACUUUUCCUUUGAAGUCCCAGAGGGAGCUAAGAAAGGCCAGAGCAUUGGCCAGGUUCAAGCUCAGGAUGAGGAUGGAGGCGUGGAUGGUGUUGUUCUCUACUCCCUAACUUCCAAUUCACCAUAUUUUGAUGUAAAUAAAACUACUGGUGUGAUUUUUCUGAAGUUAGACAGUUCCAGCAGCAGCAGUGGGUCAAGUCGAGCUAAACGAGAAACCAGGGUAAUGACCCUGGAUGUUAAAGCUCACGGUCUACUUGACACUUCUCGGUCCACAACAGCCCAGCUCUCCAUUGAUGUCACUAACACUAACUUUGGCUUGACUGCUGAUGUAAACAUCCUGCUUAUUAUUAUCAUUGGCGUGUCUCUGGGAGUUAUCAUAUUACUUGUAGUUUUGGCUGUGGUAAUUUUCCUUGUCAAGACACGCAGACAGAAAAAGAGUCAAGAUACAGGAAACAGGACUCUUGCAUCAGAAACUGCCUUAAAGAAACUGGAUGAAUGCCCCUCAGGACCUGGAGGAGACAAUAUUUACCACCAGACUUUGCCAGGUUAUGUUGCUGAUCAAGGAGGAGCUGGUGGUGGUCCCUACCCUAGAGGAGGCUCUUUGGACCCCUCUCAUUCCAGUGGUAGAGGUUCAGCUGAGGCAGCAGAGGAUGAUGAAAUACGGAUGAUUAACGAGUACCCUCGCGUUGCCUCCAUUACCUCGUCUAUGCAGGAGCACAUCUCAGCCAGAGGACCAGAUUCUGGAAUUCAGCAGGAUGCUGACCAGCUUUCCGACAUUUCCUGUGAACCCGCCGCUUUAGAGGGCAGCACUUGGUUCAAAGGAAAGAAACUAGGAGGCAGUCUGAGUGGGACCUUGCUUUCUGGCCAGCUUCCAGUCUACAGGGAUGAAGGAGUUGGUUACCUAGGAAUAAGCCGUGGUCUGAACAUUUCCCUCCCCAAGGAUUACCCCUUCCCCGAGGACGGUAAACCUUCAGUGGAUGGUUCACUCACUGCUAUUGUUGCGAGUGAUGAGGAGCUUCGUGGAAGCUAUAACUGGGAUUACUUGCUCAACUGGUGCCCUCAGUUCCAACCUCUUGCCAAUGUUUUCACUGAGAUUGCCCGGCUAAAAGAUGAAACCACUCAGCAAAGUCACAACCCCCGCCAGCCCUUUCAACCCAAGCCCAAACUGGAUCCCAAACCUAGAAUUGACCCACCGCCUCUUAUAACAUCAGUGGCUCACCCAGGGGCCAUGACAGUACCCCCAAAAGUCCCUGUGAUUGGACGGACAUUCCCCCACUUGUCCUCCCUUCGAAGGUCUCCCAUUAGUCAUGAAGGAUCAAUUUCCUCAGCAGCAAUGUCGCCAAGCUUCUCUCCAUCUCUGUCACCUUUGGCUGCUCGGUCUCCUGCUGUUUCUCCAUUUGGAGUCAACCAAGGUCCCUCAGCAUCAAUGAUUAGCACCAGAGAGCCCUCACUUGAGCAAAGUCCUGAUCAUGAGAUGAGAAUAUGAUUGACACUAUAUAGGGAGAUAAUUUUGAGACAGACAACAUGAACAAAGCAUAAAAUCCAUGUAGAUGUUCUUUUGAACAUUACUUGUACUUUUCAGUAAUCGCUGACUUCAUCAUAAGAACAAAGGUUUUGCAAAUGCGCUGAUCAACAUUUGUUUCUUCUCGGACAAAUUAAACCUUCACAUUUACUUAGUGUAAUAUUUCGGUUUGUUCUUCAGAUACCCGACAGUGUUGCAGGAAUAAACAAAAGUGAACACAUGCCUGGUUUGACAAGAGCAGCCAAAGUUUUUUUAUUUUUAAAGCGACGCAGGUCUCUAUGAACUGAUCAAGGUCAGGAGGUGGGUGUUUCCACUCACAAGCCCCCAAAGUCAGAGAUCUCCUAGUGUGUAGAUAGAUAAAUGUGUCAUUUUCAUGUUUACCUCACUGGCUGGCCAGAGAGCUAAGGACACUCUCUUUGUGUCAAUGGACUUUUGUACACUACAGUAUUAAACUUUUGUUGUGGGUGCUUUUUGAGAUGGAUUUUGGACAUGAGGAGACAAAAAGACUGACUUUCCAAGGCAUCACAUAGUGGACAGCAAUGGAAAUUUCCUCCUGUUCAAGGACACUCGUUUUUAUUUUAUUUUUAUAUUUUUAUAUAAAUAUAUGAUUUCAGGUCUAUUAUUCCACAUUGAGAGGUUAUUGUUUUUGUGUUUGCAUGUAUGUAUAUUUGUAUGUAUCUCUUACAUUUUUAGAGACUCCUGUGACAGUUGUGUGAGAGUGGGAGAUGUUUUUGUAGAAUUAUUUAUAUGGAAAUAAGGACUUUCUGCCACAAUUGGACAACAGGAAAACAAGCACAGCUCAGGUUGACCUGCUUUUCACCUUUUGUUACUGGGGUUUUUUUGGGACAAAUUAAUGAUCGUCAAAAUCCAAAACACCAGUCGAAUGAAGAGACAUCAUCAAUAUACUUUUCAUGAAAAGUAAGGAAAAGUGCAUUCUGCAAGUUUUUUUCUUUGUUUUUUGUUAAUAAAUCUUAUAGUGUCUGAAUAAUCUGUUUAUUUCUCCUUAAAAUGUGCCACAUUUAUACAAAAAUGCAUUUGUUGGUUGUGCAGCAGAGUUGAGAAUGUGGGUUGCACCCAUGAAAAAAUUGCCAAAUCCUAUCUGUGAAUGUCAAAAGUGAAUGUCAUUUUCAGUUGGAGUCAGUGUAAUGGUGUAGUGUUGCAUCUCCCUCGCUAGAAUAACAAUGCUUGUCAUCAUUGAAGGCAGUCACUAUGCAGAGAUCUAUAAAGUUGAGUUUCAACAACCAAUUGUAAUCCCGUAUCUCCACUCUUAGUGACAAAACUGUAUCUCCCAACAUCUCAGAGCUCACCUACACAGAGCAGGGUUUAUCAGAUUACCUGCACAAUUUCAGGGUGAUAAGGAAGAAAUAGGCUCCCUGUAACCAUGACCUGAUCCCCACUGAACAAUUGUAGGAUAAGCUUGGGUGCUGUCCAUGCUAGGGUGACCAACAUUGGCUAAAAACAACAAAUUUUUUAUUGUGAAAUUAUACUGAUUUGCCAGACUGUUGGUGUUGCACACAGUACUGCCACACACUACUGAGGCCCCUGUUUGUUAAAUUAACUUUUGAAGUGCCGAUAUUCAGUUUUCCCAAUUGAGUGUCAUAAGCAAAAUAAGCUAUUGGGCUUUGGCAGAAAGGAUUUUUUUCAUGUGCCCCACCUACAUCCCAACUCUGCUGCUUAACCCACAAAUGCAGUUAUCUUAUUAAUAUGGCAUCAGGAAUAAACAGGCUUUUAAACACUGAACGAUUUAUUUCCAAAAAACCAUUAAUUAACCUACCACAAAUUUCCUCACUUUUUUUUACAAAGUAAAUGAAUCUCAUGUUGUCCAGUUAUCAGUACUAUGUUGUGGUGUGUGCUUAUGCACAAUGGCACAUUCCCAUUAUCAUUCAGGGACAUCUGAAUUUGCUGAUCACCUAUGUGUCUUUAAAAGAAUGCGCUUCCUAAACUACAGUCACAUCAUGAAUUUAUAGGCUUCAGACUGUGAAGGUCUUCAUCUCAGCUUAACGGAAAUACCAAGAAAAAGCUGGGAUUUUUAAAGUGUUAUAGCAUAAAGAGUUUUUUUUCCACAACAACUGUUUGUUAGUUUUGGGCAGGAGCUAAAGCUGUUUCCUAAAAGUUUCUAUUAAAAAAGAAAAGAAAACAUUGCAACUGAGAGUUGUUUUUUAAUCUAAACCUACAGCCUUCAAGGUAAUACGACAUUGCAUCAUGACAAACAUCCUUUCUAGUUUGAUUCUCCCUCUUGUGUUUUCUUUUACCGAAUGGGAUUUCUAAAUGGUAAAGGUUAGUUAUUAAACAGAAAACAAGAGUUUUCACGAGUGACUAUUGAGAUGGAGCAGUAGAUUGAUGAACAGAUUGUGACCUUGUCUGCUGUAAUGUUGUAAAGAAAAACUUGAGCCAAAAGUGAAGCACUCAAUGUUUCUAUUCGAUCAAAGGUUUGACUCUCACUUAUGGAAACCAAGUGGCUGAAAUUAGCUUCCUUACUAGGGAUGUGCUCGCCUUUAGAGAUAAUGUGAGGAACUCAUUCGUCAAGGAGGAGUAAAGCCACUCUUCCUUCGCUCUGUGCUGAGGUGUUUAGAGAAUCAGAUCAUAAGUAGACAACUUUGGGCAAGUCCUACUGGGAGGAGGCUCCAGGGCUUAGUCAGAACUUGUGUAUGGGAGUUUAAUUAUCUUCUGGCCUGGAAUGCUUCAGGAUCCUCCAGAAUGAGCUGGAGUCUUUGGGAAGAAGGAUGUCUGAAAUAAAUGAUAGACAAAUAACAUUUAUUCAAGCCGUUUUUGAGCAGAAUCUGUAAAAGCCUGCUGGUGAAAUUAAAAGUUCUGAGAUUUAUAAAGCAAGUCCAGUUGAGAAUUACCACUGCAAAAUCAAUAGCUAUUUUGACUGCUUAGAAGCAGAUUUUCUUUAUGUUUUCUUAAGAAUCACAUAUGCCAAGCUACACUAGCUUGUACUUUUUAACACACUUCUCAAUAACAUCUUUUCAACUCCAUUCCCAGACCCAACUCCCACUUGGUGAUACAGUAGCGCUGUUUUUCAGGGCUGAAGGCUCCAAUCUCAAACAAGCUCUUACCGUGGUUUAGCACAGGAACUGCUUUGGUGGAAAAAACCAAGAUGGAGAAAUGUAGCACGUGAGCCAAACAAAUGGGAAACAAAAGCCUUAGUGCACAAUCCCCAAUGAAUGUACAUCAAUAUAGCAACCAUUGCAGUAUUUGUGUGUAUUUUACUUUUAUUUCAGUGAUUCUUGUUUUAAGCCACAUCAGGGGGUGGUUUUAACUGUUGUUGUAAUUUUCCCCCUUUGUUUCAGCUUAAGCUCCUAAUGAGUGUCCUUUUUAAUUCACACAGCCAAGCCAGAUUGUCUGGAUGUCCCCCUGUUUUCAAAACAUGGUUUCUACCUCUGUUGUUUGUUCACCAUAACACCGCAUGUUCUCUCAUGCAAAGCUGAAGGCUGUGGCUGACAUGCUGAGACGAUUUUAUACAUUCUCAAAAACAUUUCUGUGUUGGUAAGCAUCAAUUUAAACAUCAAUGCCAGUGACUGAUCAGUGGAGUAAGGCCAAAAGAAAUAACAAUGAGACAUGCCGUAUCUGUAUUUAAUGCAAAUAAUAAAUUCCUACUGAUCUCUUUUGA